AUGGGGGAAGGACAAUCAAGUGAUUCACUUAGUAAACAACAAUGUUUAGAGACAAAAUUGGUUGAGAUGCUUCAAAAGGUGGAACCUCCAGAAUUUUAUCAAGUCAAAAUGCAAUGCAUUUAUAGAGUACCACAAGAAGUUCGUGAUAAUAAUCCGAAAGCCUACACACCUCGAGUUGUUUCCAUUGGCCCUUUCCAUAAGGAAGACAACAAUUUUGAGUUAAUGGAGGAGCUUAAGUUGAAAUAUUUCAAGGGAUUUUUGAAUCGAACUCAACUACCGUUGAAAGAUUUUGUUGCCACACUAAAAACUAUAGAAGAAGAUAUUCGAAGUUGUUAUGCAGCACCUGUUAAAUAUAACAGCGAUGAUUUCUUAAAGAUGAUUUUAAUUGAUGCGUGUUUCAUAAUUGAGCAUUUUCUGAGAUGGCAUAGCCGCAGUGAUUGGGGUGGAAAAGACCCUUUGUUGCUAAAACCAUGGAUGAUAGGUGAUAUUGAACAUGACUUGAUACUAUUGGAAAAUCAACUUCCUUUCUUUGUUCUUGAACAACUUUACAACCUCACUGGUAUGAAUAAACAUUUCCCUUCCUUUCUUAAUAUUUGUUUCAACUAUUUUUCGGACCUUAUGGUUGGAACCGUCUGUCCAAUAGCGGGUCUGAAGUUCAAGGUCAGUCCAAAUCCAAAUGAAUGCUUACUUGACAUGAUCUAUUCGGAUGAGGGUGUUUUGACAAUGCCAAUCUUGAAUAUACAUGACGACACAGAAGUGUGGUUUUUCAACAAAUAUAACACUUGGCUUCCUCUCCUCAGCUACUCAGGCUAA